UGGCAAUGCGUGUUUAAAUCAAAACAAUUCACCUAAAAUCCAUUUUCCCUAGAUAUUGUCCGAAAAAUGCCGAAAUUUCAACAUUUAGUCGUAGAUACUGCAGCGUUCGUUAAGAAUGAACAACUGCAAAACUACGCCGAAAACUGCUACACCGUACCUGGUGUUCUGGCUGAAAUCCGUAACAAUCGACAGAUCAAGAAUUUGGCGGUGCUUCCAUACAAUCUGCAAGUGAAGAGUGCGGACCCAGAUGUGCUUGCAAAGGUGGUGGCGAUAGCAAAGAAAACGGGUGACUAUGCUUCACUGUCGCUAGUCGAUUUGCAGGUUAUCGCGCUAACGUACGAACUGGAAACAAUUCACGUGGGUCGUGAUCAUUUGCGCGAUGAACCAAUGCCAGCUAUCACGGUGACUGCCGAUACAAAGCCAGCUGUCCUACAGGGCACGGAGUUGAUGAAAGGAUUUUAUGUACCGUCGAAAAAGGGUGAAGAUGAGAACGAAUCGCCACAGAGCGAAGAUGAUGCUUCUGAGUCCUUAAACGACCAUAACGAAGCUCAAGAACACGAGCCACAUUCCCAGUCAGAUUCGAAAACCGGUACAAAUGAGCAGAAGAAAGCUACGCAUGAAUCAGCAAGCGAAGAGGAAGAUUUCGCUGACGAAAUAUGUGAGGAAGAGGAGGAAGAUUUGGAAAAUGAAGACGACGAUGACGAUGGUGAUGAGGACGAUGAUAGCUGGAUAACACCCAGCAACAUCAAACAGGUGAAGCGCGACAUGGGAAUGGAUCUGCACGAAGAAGCAUCGACCACCGUAGCAUGCAUCACGACCGAUUAUGCGUUACAGAAUGUAUUGAAGCAGAUCGGGCUGCAGGUUGCCGCACUGGAUGGCCGCAUUAUCAAGCAGGUCCGCACGUACAUAUUGCGAUGUUACGCCUGCUUCAAAACAACGCCGGACGCAACGAAAGUGUUCUGCCCGAAGUGUGGUAACAAGACGCUGAAGAAAGUGGCCGUCAGCUUGGACGCAGAAGGCAAACAGAUUAUUCACAUCAACACCCGGCGACCGCUGACGGCCAAGUACAAAAAUCGACCGAUUGCUAAGUUUGAAGGUGGCAAGUAUGCUACCAAUCCCCUUCUGUUUGCCGAUCAACCGUUGCCACAGCAGCGCGUGUCGGCAAAGGCUCAAUCGAAAACCAAUGCCCUCGGGGAUGAUUAUACGGCCGGGUAUUCGCCGUUCGUGAUGCGAGAUGUUGAUUCACGUUCCGCUGUAUUGCGUGGAUCGUCGAAUUUGAAGCAGCGUAUCACCAACCUCACGUACGACAACAAACGCCGUGGAUAUAAGAAGUAG